AUGGCUGACGAUGGUCCGGCCCUUGCCUCCUGGAAGCGCACCCUGUCUCGGCAGAUCGGUGCCAUCCAGACCUUCGGUGACUUCUCAACGUCGAAGCGACACUCCGCGUUUGCCAAUCCAGGAUUGCGCGUAGCCAAUUCUCUCAUCCCACUUCCACUUACCCCCCGCGAUGCAGAAACCAUCAAAACCAUCUGCAAGCCAGCCCCAUUCGGCGGCGGCGAGGAGACGGUCGUAGAUGCAUCAGUGCGUAAGACAUGGGAGUUGAACCACGAUCAGUUCAGUCUUUCGAAUCCAGCGUGGAAUGACUUCUUUGACUCUCUGCUCAAGGACACGGCGAGCAGUCUCGGCAUGCUCCUGCUCUACGAGGAAGGGUCCUUCUUCAAGCGCCACAAGGACUCCGAGAAAGUCGCGGGAAUGAUCGGGACUCUGGUCAUCUGUCUCCCUUCGGAGCACAGCGGAGGCGACGUUUACCUGUCGCACGGGACGAGCAGUCGAGUCUUUGCGACGGGGCCGGCGUCGGCGUUUGAUCUCACGGCUCUGGCGUGGUAUUCUGAUGUCACGCAUGAGAUCAAGGAGAUCAAGUCGGGGUAUCGCUUGGUCCUCACGUACAAUAUUAUUCAAAGAGCGGGUGCGGCCGUAUCAGCCGAUGCUUUUAGCAAGCAGCAGACGCGUCUGCAGAGUCUGUUGGGCGACUGGCAUGUAAAAUUCCCGGAUACUUCUAAUCUGCUCUACGUUCUGGAACACAAGUACUCGCAGUCAAGUCUGUCGCUGAACCACUUGAAGGGUCGUGAUGGCGCCGUUUGCCGGAGCCUGGCAAACUUGAGCUUGCAGAAUGGGUUCUUCCUUCUUCUCGCUAACUUAGCGAACACGAAAAAAGAAGAAGAUGACUACUACGGCUGCAGCUAUGAGGAUGAUGCAAGUCUCACACUAGACACAGUGCGUGCAUGCGACGGGCGCGAGCUCGAGCUCGCGUCUGGCAUCCACGUCGGGCUGGAAGAUAUCCUUGGCGCGAACCCCUACAAGGACCGAAGUGCCGACAGCGAGGAUGAAGGCGACUUCACUGGCAACGAAAGCGCGCCGGCGACCUUGAGAUACCACGAUGCCGUUGCUGUGCUGGUCCGGAGGGAGCAUUUCUAUGAAUUCGGCGGACAAUCGUGCGAAAACGUCAGUCAGAUGCUUCGCCUCAUAUGCGAGGACCUUGAAGCGCAUGGCGAUGAUAUCAGUGUCAGAAACAGCGCUAUAACUUUUAUGGGGAAAGCUGUGCAAAGCUCCAUGGAUGGUGACGGAUUGCGUCUUAUCACUCGUUGGGCCCUUGAGCUGCGCCAAGAUCAUCCGUACCGGGCUGCAGUUCGCGCUUCCAUCGUCCGAAAACUUACAAAUGAUCUGGUGGGUGAAAUCGCCUGCAUCAUUAACAAGAGCUCCCAGAGCAAGGUUUGGAGCCACAAGGAGUGGGGUGGAUAUCUGGACGAGUUCGUCCGCCAGCAUCGAUAUCUCACCGACCUGUCAUCUACUCUUCGUGGAGUUGAGACAUCACUCAGGGCCGAUCUUCAGCCUUCGUUCAGAAACUGGCGUGCAUUGGUCGAGCUGCAACAAUUUAGUGGCAAGUCAUCGCUGGUUCUGCAGGACCAUGGUUUCAUUAUGAAUUUGAUGAUCUUGAGGUCGAGAGACACAGACUGGAUUCUGAAUCAAUUGAUACCAACGUUAUGUGAUCGUGGCGAAAGGCCGCUUCUCCAUGCGAUCCUGGACACUGUCCUCCAUAAGUCUCCGGCUGCGCUCCCUACAGGCCACGCCAUUGCCGAAGAAUUACUGAGUACGGCACAAUCGAAGCUGAAAGUAGUCCUUUGUGAUAUCGCAGCCUCCUAUUACGCCUCUGAAGACUCACAGGAACCUGCAUUCAAGUUCAUCAACCUUCUAGACAAGUGUUUUAGCUGCGACCUGACAACCCAGGCGACCAACUUGCUCAACGCAAGCUGUGACAACAUCGUUCGGUCCCAACGUAACGUGGCCCAAAUCGGAUACGCGGAUGGUACCUCCGUCGUGAAAUUCCUACGUGCUCUCCUGGUCGUCAUGCAAAAACACCGCCUGCCGCCUUUGACCACCAGAUACCCGAAUUACGAUGAAUACAAGGAACUGGACAGCUUUCUCUGCGAUGCGGACCAAAAAGUGAUAUCUUUUCGCAAGAACCAGUCGAUUCGGUGCCACAUUCAGUAUCAGCUACAACUGCAAGCCUUCACAUUCCAUACCGAAACGAGAGGAACUCCACACACGCUCAUUAUCACAAAGCGCGGCAAUGAGUUCGAGGUAGAUUUACAACGAUACCACGCUCAACUGGCCAAAGUGGAAGAAAGACUGAGGCCUUUCCGCCACGGCUAUGUGGAACAGUUGCUCGGCGAAGUGCUGUACCGAGAGAUAGUGAUGCUGGAGAACGUAAUUGAUUCGGAAGGUUCUAGGCUGCUGGCGAGCGGGACGAAGAGACCGGCCGAGGAUGAGUUGGUGGAUCCAAGCUUUGCGAGGCCUCGACUGGAUGGGAUACCAGGCUCUCUCCGAGAUCCCAUUGAGCUGGACUAA